AUGUCGAGCCGGCGGUCGCGGUCGAGGGCGUCGUCCGGCGGCGCGUCGCGGAUCAGCGACGAGCAGAUCAGCGACCUCGUCGCCAAGCUGCAGGCGCUCCUCCCCGAGGCCCGCCUCCGGAGCAACGACAGGGUGCCGUCGGCGAGGGUUCUGCAGGAGACGUGCAGCUACAUCCGGAGCCUGCACCGGGAGGUCGACGACCUCAGCGACCGCCUCUCCGAGCUGCUCGCCACCGCAGACGUCAGCACCGCGCAGGCCGCCGUCAUCCGCAGCCUCCUCAUGUAACGUAGCCGCCGCCGGCACUCAGGCCAGCCGGCAGCUAGCCCUCGGAAGUUAAUUUGUAGCUUAUAUUAGGGAAACAGAACGAGAGAAUGUUUUUGGUUAAUUAAGAUCACCGGCUGCGUACGUUAAUAAAUCUUUUACUAGAGUGAUCAGUUAAAUAAUUGAAUUUUACUACACCUACUGCUAGUUCCUAUAUAUAUGUAACUUGGACCAUAGUCUCUUUUUGCGGUGAAAUUUUGCAAGUCCUGUGUGCAA